AUGACGGCUUCAUAUCCGGUUCUUGAAAAUAAUGUCCCGGAAUCCUAUCGCGACAAAAUUUUGAAAUGGAACGGCUGGGGUUACACUGAUUCGCAAUUCACCAUCAACAAGGAUGGUCAUGUCACUUUUACCGGUGACAAGUAUGAUAUUUCCGGAAAAGUAAUGCCGCAUUUCCGGCCAUGGUUCGAGAACUAUCUCGGUAUCGAUUUGAACUUCACAACGCCGGCUCAGAAGAUGACUGACAUGCAAAUUGAUCCACCAGUUGAGAACGACGACAUUCUCGAGUUCCUUCAAGAGAAGAAUCUCUCAUUUUCAAAUGCUCCCCGAGUUCGACUCAUGAGAGGACACGGACACACAGUUCAUGACAUGGUCAACUUGCGAGAAGGCAGAAUUCCACGUCUUCCGGACAUUGUUGUGUGGCCGAAGUCGGAAACGGAUAUUGCGACGAUCAUUGAAGGAGCAAUGAGCAACAAUUGCGCUAUCAUUCCAAUUGGUGGCGGAACGUCCGUUUCAAACGCCUUAGAAUGUCCGGAAACCGAGAAGCGUGCCGUCAUUUCGAUGGAUAUGGCGUUGCUCGACAAAAUACUUUGGAUCGAUCGGGAGAAUCUGACGUGUCGUGCCCAAGCCGGAAUUGUGGGUCAAAGUCUCGAGAAACAGUUGAACGCGAAAGGGUUCACAUGUGGUCAUGAGCCGGAUUCGAUUGAGUUCUCGACACUCGGAGGAUGGGUCUCGACAAGAGCCAGUGGAAUGAAAAAGAACAAAUAUGGAAACAUUGAAGAUCUUGUGGUUCAUAUCAAUUUCGUCACCCCAAAAGGAAUUAUUCAGAAACAAUGUCAAGUUCCUAGAAUCUCAUCAGGACCUGAUAUUCAUCAAGUGAUUCUUGGAUCAGAAGGAACCUUAGGAGUUGUCUCAGAGGUGACAAUCAAAAUUUUCCCUCUUCCGGAAGUCAAGAGAUAUGGAAGUUUUGUGUUCCCAAACUUCGAGCACGGAGUUCAAUUCUUCCGCGAAGUCGCCCGCCAACGCAUUCAGCCCGCUUCGCUUCGCCUCAUGGAUAAUGAGCAAUUCGUAAUGGGACAAGCAUUGAAAGUCGAGUCUGAUUCAUGGUGGCAUUCGAUGAAGAGCUCGCUUAGCAAGAUGUACAUCACAUCAUGGAAGGGAUUCAAGACAGACGAGAUUUGUGCGGCGACGUGCGUCUACGAAGGAAGCAAAGAAGAAGUUAAUGAGCACGAGAAACGACUUAACGCGCUCGCCGAGUCGUUCAAUGGAGUUGUUGGCGGAGAAGAAAAUGGACAGUACGGAUACCGAUUAACUUUUGCGAUCGCCUAUUUAAGAGAUCUCGGAAUGAAUCAUGGUGUUCUUGGAGAAUCGUUCGAGACAUCAGUCCCUUGGGAUAAAGUGUUAACACUUUGCCGAAAUGUGAAGGAAUUAAUGAGAAGAGAAGCCAAGAAUCAAGGAGUCCAGCAUCCAGUUCUAGCCAGUUGCAGAGUGACACAAGUUUACGACGCCGGCGCAUGCGUUUACUUUUAUUUCGGAUUUAAUGCGCGCGGACUGGAAAACGGUCUUCAGGUUUAUGAUCGCAUCGAGACGGCGGCUAGAGACGAGAUCAUCGCCUGUGGCGGCAGCAUCUCACAUCAUCAUGGUGUAGGAAAACUCAGAAAACAGUGGAUGUUGACGACGAAUGGAGCCGUCGGAAUCGGAUUAUUGAAGGCUAUCAAGAGUGAACUCGAUCCGGCCAACAUCUUCGCCAGCGCUAAUCUCAUCGAUAUUAUCGGCUCGCCGCACUCAAAACUAUAA